AUGUCUUACCCUACCACAGACGAUGUUUUAACUAUUCCCGUUCAUAGCGGCGAAUCUGAGCGAAACAUCCUCGAGGUCCCAUGGAAUCAAUCCUGUAAAAGUCGUACCGCUCACUACUACCUCGUCAAUGCACAAAACCAAUCUAAGGGACGUAUAGAUAUUAUGAUCUUUAUCCAGGAUCGUUUCUAUGCCGAUUCCGGGAGUUGCGACUACAUUGGUAGACUUCCCGGUGCCAGACUGGAGGGCAACUCUUGGAUCGUUAGUAUUAGCGACCGUUUACAGUAUGGGGAGAAAGAUUAA